AUGCAAUCGAUCACAAUUCUUUCUUGUUUAAUUCUUGCUGUAACUAUCCUAUCGGUUCAAAUGCGUCCACAUGGAGGCCAUCGUGAUCAAAGACCACCGUUAGGUAAUAGUACAUUUCAUUUUGAUGGAACUUUUGCAUCAUCCAUCAAUAACACUGAUCAUCAAUAUAAUGGUUUUCAUUCACCACGUGGACAUGAAGGUGGUAGUGGUUUUCGACCAGGAAGAUAUGGUGGUGGUAGUCAUCCAUGA